CACGAAUUCUACCAACAUGCCCAAGCCGACCCCAGCCCCAGCCCCCUCGGGGGACACGUUCACACCACUCUUGCCCCUCAUUCCCCGUAAGAAUACCAAAAGCAUUGAACCGACUCUCAAAACCAGGGGACGAAAUAGCCACUUUUUCGACGCCCACGGCCGGUGGAAGUCGAGUCUGGAGCUGCCGGACGUGGCGGCGGUGGACCCUAGCCAGGCCCUCGACGCGAUCAAGCACGUGCUGGCAGCCGAUCCGACCAACCGGAGCGACACUGCCUUGCAUCUUGUGUACAAAUGGAUGAAGGAAAACUGCAAAAACACCAUGAUAUUUGGGUCCAGCCACGACUACAUUGGCCGAGAAAUAUGCCGCCAAAUGCGACUCAUCAAACUCCCGUCCCGAGCGAUGCUCAUUCGACAAGGCGAUACCGGAGACAGAUGUUAUAUUCUCAUCGAUGGCCUCGUGGAUGUGUACUGUAAAGAUAACAGUCACAUCCUCGGCUGCGACGAAACCACCACGAACCUGCAGUACAAAGUGGUCAAACCUACCAUCGACUAUGGAGAGUACAAAGCUACGCUCGGCCCAGGCACGGUCGUCGGCGAUGUCGUGUUGUUAAACCCGUCAGCCAGACGCAAUGCGACUGUGAUCGUGUCCAACCUGACCGUCGAGUGCUAUCUCGUGUAUCUCGGUCGAGUCGACUACGUCCGGCUAAUUCGCACCGUAUCGAUGGAGACGUCGCAUUACGUGCAAGCCGAAGUGCUGGAUUACAUGUAUUUAUUUCAGAAAUGGCCUACUGCAGAUCGCAUGAAAAUCGUGGCCCAGAUGCGCUCCAUUAGCUUUCGAGCUAACGACUACUUGUAUCGAGCAGGCACAAUUGCCAAAACCAUGUUCGUGCUCGUGUCGGGGGAAUGCAUGGAGCGGCAAAACUUCAACCUCCUCGACUCACCCCGUCAUUUGCUGUUGUCGAAACAAAAGGCGGAAAUUAAAAUCAACAUCGAACUCAUGCUGCUCGGGCCGGGUGAAUUAGCGAACGAGCAUGCAUUUUUAAAAGCCAAUCAAAUCGGCGCGUUCGACAUCAAAGCAGUCACCGAUGUCCACGCGUUGUGCAUCACUAGGCACCUGUACGACCUCUUGGCCGUGUCUGAAAAAGACUUUAUCAAAGACAUGCUGGUGAAACUCCAGUUUUUGGCCACUGACAGGGACGACUACCGCCGCGAACGCCUCGAGUUUGGGUCUCGAUACCCCGACGCCCAUGUUGCCAUGACGUGGCAGCUGAUGCGCAUGGGGAAUUUGAGGUGUGCGCGAUGCGGUCGCCGUGGCCACCUCGCCAAUGAACUCGCGCGAUGCCACCACGAGCGCAAGGACGACUGGGCGCCGCUGCAGCUGCGCAUCGAAAAGCAGCUCGGACAAACGCAUGCGGUGCUGCAACAGAUGACACGGGCCACGAGUACAGUGGUGACGCAGCUGUCGCCCCCGAUCGCAAAACGAUCGUCGGCGGCGUACGUAGAAGCCAUGAUGCAGGAUAACGAUGCUAUGCUGCCUUCGGCCAAGGACCAGUUGGCGGAUUGCUGGCGCCAGCGCCUGCUGGUGUUUCCGAGCUUGACCAAGCCGUCCAUUCAGAAAGAACACGAUCAAGAAGACGAGGAAGAAGAGUGCCACAACGACAGUGACGGCGACGAGCGAGGAAUGGGCGGGUAGUACAUUAUUAUCAAGUCAAUUCGAAAUUACAGUGGGGUGCUCAAUGGAAUGAGCAGCACGAAAUCGAUCGACCAAUCAAAAUCCAAACAAGUAGCCAAUCAAAUCCACUCU